UAAUUCCAGGGGAAAGUUCAGGCUCCGAAGUAACCUUUCAAACACUUCCAGGGGCAUUUGCACGUUGCUUGUUGAUCCUCCCGGGCCUCGGCCAUUGCGAGGCCUCUGCGCAGCCGGCAUCUAUAAAAGCUUGCCGAAGCCACGGAUGGCCUUCCACACAGACUCAAGAAGUGAUGGUGGCUAACGAUACAAAAGCCUGGCAGGCCAGUGAAAAUGAUGUCGGCCCUUUCGCCGACUCAAAGGGCAGUGAUGAGGUGACUUUACAGCAGCAAAAGCCACCGACCUCUCCAGUUCCAGACGGCGGCUUUGAAGCUUGGAUGAUUGUGGUCUCUGGCUUCAUUACGACGCUGAACGCCUGUGGAUUUGUCAACUGUUUCGGCGUCUUUCAGGCGAGCUACAUCUCUCCCGGGGGUCUACUUGAAACAUACUCUCCCUCUGCCAUCUCCUGGAUUGGAUCUCUGCAGACCUUCUUCGUCUUCUUUCCAGCUCUUGUGAUCGGUCGAAUUGCUGACGCUGGCUAUGUCCGUUCCACAGUCUUUGUCGGGACUUGCAUCAUGAUCUUUGGUAUUCUGAUGACAAGCAUCGCCAAGCCAGGCCAGUACUAUCAAUUCUUCUUGGCCCAAGGCGUCUGCGUGGGUAUUGGGUUAUGUCCUAUCUUUAUUCCGCCUGUCACGGUCGCUGCGCACUGGUUCAAGCGCAAGCAUGCAUUAUCACUUGGUAUUGGUGCUUCUGGUGCAAGUGUUGGUGGCUGUCUCUACUCCAUUCUUCUCAAACACCUCCUUCCCAAGAUUGGCUUUGCUUGGAGUCUUCGAGUCGUGGCCUUGAUCAUUGGAGUGACGCAAAUCAUCCCACUCAUCUUUUUGAAGCCGCGCUUGCCAGCCAGACCUUUGAAGGGUCAGCAAUUUCUUGAUCUGGAGGUCUUUCACAACCCAGUCUAUGUCUUGGUCCAUCUUGGCUUGUUUCUUGCCUUCAUGGGACUCUACACGCCCUUCUUCAAUAUUGAGCUGUUUGCCUUCGCAAAUGGGCUAUCUCUGGAUCUGGCUUUCUACACACUACCCAUCCUCAACGCAGCUUCGACGAUUGGCCGAAUUCUUCCAGCGCUCAUCGCAGACCGCUUUGGGAGUCUCAACAGUCUGAUACCAUGCAUUGGCACAACUGGCUGCUUGUUGUUCGUUUGGAUGGGUUGUACCACACAGAAGGGCAUCAUCACCUUUAGUGUUUUCUAUGGUUUCACUAGCGGUGCCUUUGUUAGUUUACCUCCAGCGGUGGUUGCAGCGCUUUCAGAAGCACCCGAUCGAACGGGCAUUCGUGUGGGUCAAAUGCUCAGUAUCGUCUCCGUUGCUACAUUGAUUGGCCCGCCCAUUGCCAAUGCCAUCAUUGGACCAUUGAGGCAGCUGCGUCCCGGUGGCGGCUCGGAGAUUUUCAACGAUGGAGCAAUCUUUGCUGGUGCUGUUGUCAUGGGUGGAUUUGCAACCCUUGUGCUAGCACGGAUCGUCUAUGACCGUCGCUUCUCUAUCAAAAUAUAAAGAGCGUGCCGCAGCCUCUGAUCGUAUCUCAUCUCAAUCCUUACAAAACUGCAGAAAAUCUAGCUUAUAGAUGCUUGUCGGUCAACGAAAUGAUCGAAUGUCCGUCCAUGUCUCUACAGCUGACUUCUUGGCAUUUCCUCAUCCCGAGAUUCCAUCUGCUACUAAUCAGGGGUCGCAAAUUCCGUCAAGCGUCAAUCACUAGCUCGAAAGCAUGUAUCGAAGGCAUGCCGCGCACGCGAGCAGAUACGAAAGCUGAGGAACUCCUGCACGAUCCGAAAUGGCCAUGUGCUGGAAUGGUUCAGAAGAGCUCGAACUAACCA